AUGGCCAUCCCACCGAUUGCAAAGGCCACAUUGCAGGCUGCGCUCAUCAAUGCGGGGUCCAACGUGUUAGCCCAGGGGAUCAAGGCUUAUCGAGCCGACAUUCCUUUCAAUUUAGACAUCGAGUCUUUAAUGCAAUUCACAACGUGUGCAUUCAUCACCUCACCACUGGGCUACCUGUGGCUCGGAAGUCUGGAAUCCUGGUUUCCUGGCCGUGCGCCCGAUUCAAACGAUCAAACAGGUAAAACGGGUGACAAGAAGAACAAAGAUGAUCAAAGCCUCCCGAAGCCUUCUCUGAAUGUCACCAAUACAGUGGCGAAAAUUGUCAUUGAUCAGGCUAUCGGCGGUACUUGGAACACAGUUCUUUUCAUCGUGACGAUGGGGAUGUUACGGGGAUUGGAUUAUGAUACAAUCACCGGACAGAUUCAAGCGGACUUUUGGUCUAUCAUGGUUGCUGGGUUGAAGCUCUGGCCACUUGUGUCUAUUCUCAAUUUCACGGUGGUACCUGCUGACCAGAGGUUGCUGGUAGGUAAUCUUUUUGGGGUUGUUUGGGCUAUUUAUCUCAGUCUGAUGUCUGGGUAA